AUGCAGGACGAGAAGGCGCCCCACGGGCGGCCGGGGUAUGACGUUGUUCCGGAGCUGUCCUCGACGCAGCGUCUGGACCUGCACCCCGUGACGACGCGGCAGAGCAUGGCAUCGCAGAAGGACGUGCCGAUGGCAGUGACGGCAGAGGGGGUGGGCACUACCCCGGAACUCGCACUCGAGGCCGGAGAAGCAGCCGACGGCACCCGGGACGUCGAGGCGGUCGUUGCUGAGCCCGAGUUCCCCGUCCUGUCGAUCUGGCGCACGAUGGCGAUCGCGAUGGUGACGACGUUUGCGAUGGCGCUCUCGGGUGCGGGCAACAUGUCGCUCUCGAUUGCGCUGCCCGACAUUCAGCGCGACCUGCACGUGAUUGACUCGGAGCUGCACUGGAUCAGCGCCGCUUUCGCACUGACGAACGGCUGCUUCCUCCUCCUCUCUGGACGACUGGCAGACGUCUACGGCCGCAAGACGUGCUUCGUGAUCGGUGUCGCGUGGUAUGCCAUCUGGAACCUCGUCGGCGGGUUCAUGCAGAACACGGCCGCCUUCGUCGCCACCCGUGCACUUGCCGGCAUGGGGUCUGCUCUCUCCAUCCCCAGCGCCAUCGGUAUCAUCGCCUCUACGUUCACGGGGAGGACGAGGGCGAGUGCGUUUGCCUGCUUUUCGGCCGGAGGGCCCAUCGGCGGCGGACUCGGCGUCACGAUCGGAGGCCUGCUCACGGCUUACACCGAGCCCAAGUGGCGGGCGGCACUCUGGCUCUUCGCGGGCAUGGCUGCCGGCGUCGCUAUUGCGGGAUACUUUGUCGUCCUACCUGACAGGCACCUGGACCCGGACCGCCGGAUCGACUGGGUCGGUGCCGGUUUGGUCACCUGCGGCCUGGUACUGCUCAUGUUCGGCAUCUCGUCCGCCGAAGCUGCCCCGCAGGGAUGGAAGACGCCCUACAUCAUCGCGGUCAUUGUUGUCGCUGCCUUCCUGAUCGCCUGCUUCUUCGGCUGGGAGCACUUUGUCGAGACGCGCACUUCCCGCCCGCCUCUCAUGCGCCUCGCACUCUGGACACGCUCCAAGGGCAAGCUGGCCGCGACCUACUUCAUCGGCGGGAUCAGCUGGAUGGGCUUCACGACCUUCUUCUACAACACGACGCUCUUCUUCCAGAACGUCCAGGGCGCGAGCGUCAUCACCGCCAUGCUCCGUUUCCUCCCGUCCACCAUAAGUGGACUCAUCUGCAACGUUGUGGUCGCCAAGAUCGUCCACAUUGUGCCGGGCCAGCUCCUCAUCUGCUUCGGCUUGGCCGCGACCGGCGUCGCCAACAUCUUCUUCGCCAUCUCGCCCGCAGACGAGAUGUACUGGAAGCUCCCCUUCAACGCGAUGUGGCUGGCAGUACUGGGUGCCGACUUCCUGAUCUCCGUGGGGUCUAUCUUCGUCUCGACCCUGGCUCUGCCAGAGGAACAGUCGGUCGCCGGCGCGCUCUUCCAGACAAUGGUGCAGCUCGGCGGUGCUCUGGGACUCGCAUUCGUCAAUGUCGUCCAGACCAGCAUCAGCAUGAAGGAGACCGCAAAGGGCGUGGACCACAAGACGGCCCUCCUGCACGGCCUGCACGGGGCGUUCUACUUCGCCGCAGGUGCGAGCUUCACGGCCAUGCUUAUCGCGCUCGUCAUGCUGCGCGGCAUGGGCGCCUACGGCGCCAAGAAGAAGACGAGCAUCAACUCGACCGACUCAAGCGCAUCGGAGGAGACGAGAGUCGACCGCCUGCCGGAAACGGUCCUCGUCGAGAAGGUCGAGAAGGCGCCGCUUGAGACACCUGCAUCGGAAUUAGGGGCGCAGAAGUGA